AUUGCGGAGACUGGAUUCACCUGCCGAGUCGGAGGAGGGGCUCCGGGCGGCACAGUGCGCAGGCGCGGGCGUUCGGGGCUCGCGGCGCGCGGCGCUCGGUUGAAGCGGGAGUGAGUUCUGGUCGCGGAGACCCGGCAGCGGGCGAGCGAGCGGGUGACCGGGCGCCUUCUCUGCAGCCAUGGCAGCCCUGCGCUACGCAGGCCUGGACGACACGGACAGCGAGGACGAGCUGCCCCCGGGCUGGGAGCAGAGAACCACCAAGGACGGCUGGGUUUACUAUGCCAAUCACACGGAAGAGAAGACUCAGUGGGAACAUCCGAAAACUGGGAAAAGAAAGCGAAUAGCAGGAGAUUUGCCCUAUGGAUGGGAACAAGAAACUGAUGAGAAUGGACAAAUGUUUUUUGUCGACCACAUAAAUAAAAGAACUACCUACUUGGACCCAAGACUGGCAUUUACUGUGGACGAUAAUCCUACGAAGCCAACCACCAGACAGAGAUACGACAGCAGCACAACCGCCAUGGAAAUCCUCCAGGGCCGGGAUUUCAGUGGCAAAGUGGUCGUGGUUACCGGAGCGAAUUCGGGAAUAGGGUUUGAAACCGCCAAAACUUUCGCCCUCCAUGGUGCACAUGUGAUCCUGGCCUGCAGGAACAUGACAAGAGCCAAUGAAGCCGUGUCACGCAUUUUAGGAGAAUGGCAUAAAGCCAAGGUAGAAGCAAUGACCCUGGACCUCGCUCUGCUCCAUAGCGUGCAGCAUUUUGCUCAAGCGUUCAAGGCCAAGAAUGUGUCACUUCACGUGCUUGUGUGCAAUGCAGCCGUGUUCGCUCUCCCCUGGAGCCUCACGAAAGAUGGCCUGGAGACCACCUUCCAGGUGAACCAUCUGGGCCACUUCUACCUUGUCCAGCUCCUCCAGGACGUCUUGUGCCGCUCAGCCCCUGCCCGGGUCGUCGUGGUUUCCUCGGAGUCCCAUAGAUUUACAGAUAUUAAUGAUUCCUCUGGAAAACUAGACUUCAGCCGCCUUUCUCCAUCGAAAAAUGACUACUGGGCCAUGCUGGCUUACAACCGGUCCAAACUCUGUAACAUCCUCUUCUCCAGCGAACUCCACCGCCGCCUGUCCCCGCGUGGGGUCACGUCGAACGCGGUGCACCCCGGGAACAUGAUGUACUCCUCCCUGCAUCGAGGCUGGUGGGUGUACACGCUGCUCUUCACCUUGGCCAGACCCUUCACCAAGUCCAUGCAACAAGGAGCCGCCACCACCGUCUACUGUGCUGCCGCUCCAGAACUGGAGGGUCUGGGAGGGAUGUACUUCAACAGCUGCUGCCGCUGCAUGCCCUCGACGGAAGCCCAGAGCGAAGACACGGCCCGGGCCCUGUGGGCGCUCAGCGAGAGGCUGAUCCAGGAAGGACUUGGCAGCCCGUCCGGCUAAGUGGGCGCUCGGCAAGGAUCAGCGCACACGCCCACCACGCGCGAGCGCUCGGGCGUGACCGCCAGCGCUGGCCCCCUUCCGACUUAUCAUGCCAGGGCUUCCAUGUUCCUCCGACCCAGAUCCGCUAGAGUCAAGGAUACAAGAGUCGUCACAACAGAGCGAGAAAUGUUAGGGACCACUGGGAAGCAGGGAGUUCUGGGGGUAAAGGGAUAAUACGUCUUUUCUGGGGCUGGGGCAGGCCUGGGUCCCUCUGCUCCCCUGGUGAUGGCCUGUUUGAAAGUGAAGCUUAGCUGCUCGGUAGGUUCUUGGUCUCACGGUAGAAGCACGAGCAAUUCUCACGCUGUAGGACAGCCUGGUGCCCCACGCCCCCGCCCCAGGCACAGCCUCCAUGGCCACACUGUAGCCAGGAGCUGCCUUUUUCUUAUUUAGGGAAGAAAAAGGCCAGUGUUUAUCCUUCGCUGCACUGAUCCAGGAGAUAACUUCAGCCUGAUCAAGUCGGAGUGGCCUUGUCAACUACUGGAGAGAGGACCCUCUGAACCUUGUUCCAGCCGAGACGGAGGUGACACUUAGAAGUGGGUGGGAUAGACACAAUUACUGGGUUGCCAAGUACUGGUCCACCAACUACUGGUCCACCAACUCCCCGGCCAAAGCUAUACAAAAGAUUCUUUAGCAAUUAUAACAAACACAUUUUGUAAAUCAUUCCCUAGAUACCUUGACAGGCAGGAAAGGAAGUCUUGCGACAUUACAGGAUAUUUUGGGGAUGGGGGAUAAAAAGAUGUUCCCUCCAUUCUUCACUCACAGUUUUGGGAAACAAUGCCAUCGCGGAGGUUCACAGCCCCUCAGUGUUCAGCAUCCUGCUUCCGUGUCCUCUUGUUCCUCUCAUCCUACGCUUAAUAAAAGAACAUGCUUGAAUAGUAUCACCUGAAGUUUUUUGUCUUGUUCCUUUAAAUGUUUGUUUCAGUUUUGUUUUUUGUCUUGUUUUGUUUUUUUAGAAAAGCAAUCUAGAGGAAAAAUAAAGCGCUUCUUGUAGACGCCAGGAAAACACCAUUCUCGUUUCUUCUCUGAGUUUUGUUUUGUUUUUGUGCUUUGUGGCUGUCUGCGGGCCGAGUUGUCUCACGCAAUUAGCAUGCCAGCAUCAUAUUUUCUGUUGAAGAGAGAAAGAAAAAGAAAAAUGACUGUCACUUAAUUUCACCUUAAGAGGUUUUGUUAUCAUGGAUCGUGGAUCAUUUCAGUCCCUCGAUGGUUUGUUCCCCCUGUAACUACCAAGUUCUUGGUGAUUAGAAACCAUCCCUACUUAGGAGAAUAGGGGGGGUGGUUUGGAGGCUCUUCCCCACUCAUCCUGUUAUCACUUACACUGUGGUUUCCAGGCCAUUCCUGCAGGGAUGUAAGAAAGGCCACUUUGGCAAGGUGGAGAGAAAGCUUUUGCUGAAAUACCAGGAAGGUGGGGGCAGGGGGCGUGUGUCACUGUUCCUCCUCUUGACAGUGGCAGCUUCAGCCCAGACAACGUCAUGAAUUUCUGGGCCUCUGGCUCUGUGGUCAAACACCAGUGUUUUCCAGUGGUCCACAGCCUGGCUACGUCCUCCCAUCUGGCUAUAUUCGCCCUUCACAAAAUCCUUACUGUCACAGCGCCUUUCAAACUAUGCAUCAGAUAACGUCACUUUUCUGGUCCAAACCCUCCAGUGCUUCUGUGGUAGACUAUUUGCAAACGUGGCCAUUGUAAUUCUCCUCCCAGUCUCCACACCUUGGGUGGUCCUCUCUCUAACUCUGGCCUUGGCCACAUGACUUGCUUUGGCCAAUUUAAAAUGUGCUUGUGCACUGGGCUUGCCCUUUCUUGUUGCUCUUUGGAAUCCUGCAACCACCAUCCUAUGAAUGGGCCUGGGUUAACCGGCUGGACAAUGCGAGCCACAUGGACGCUCCCAAAACCGACAGCAGACUACCCGUUCAUUAGACGUGCGAGCGAGGCCAUCCCAGACCAUGUAGCCCAGCCGAGCCAACCCAGAUGAGAAGAAACACCCCAGUCCACCCAGAGAACUGCAAAAAGUAUGUUUGUCAUGUUAACCCACAAAGCUUCAGGAUUACUUGUUACACAGCAAACACUAACCGAUACAACUGCUCAUCUCACUGACUAAAGUCCAAAUUUUUUUUUUUUUUUAACCAUAGUCAAGGAAUUCUCCCAUAAUCUGGUCCACAGCAGACUUUCUGAUUUCAUGUUCUAGCAUCUUCUUUUCACUCACUACAUUUAGCCACGCUAGCCUUCUUGUUCUCCUGAAAUAAGCCAAGCAACCUCCCUACUCGAGGACUUUAUAUUUGCUGUUGCCUCUGCUGAAUUGCUUUCCUGCCAGAGACCCGUAUGGCUUCUUCCCACACUGCAUUCUGCUUUCUCCCUUUCUGAUGAGGUGACAUUCUGGCCACUGCAUUCACAGUGGCACCCCAUCUGCCCACCCCUCCCCUUUGUUUUUCUCCACACCGCUUAAUACUCUUGGACAAGUUAUAUGUCUAUUUACUAUUUUCUCCCUCCACCUCCUAUAAUAUGAACUCCCUGAGAUUUGUCUGUUUUGUUCACAACUGUGGCCCCCGUGCCUUGAACUAUUCCUGUUAUACAGA